CGCUAACGUGAAUGUGGGAAAGGAGGCGUCAAACAAAGUCUCUGCAGCUGACAGGGGUGAAAAAGAUGAAGCGCGGGAAGAGAUGGAGAGAAGAGAAAAAGACAGAGCAAGUCUCCUCCUCUUCUUGCCCAUCCAUCUGCUGGUUGCUCUCCGUUCGUUCCUUCCGUCGGUCUCGCCCCUCUGUUCUCUCGUUGGAUGCCAUAGUGGCUCAGUUUCAACCUUCGACAUCUCUCUUCCGUUGACUCGAUAAUGUCGUACCCAGCGACUGCCCAGAACAUGGCGUACAUGCCACAGCCUGUGCCAGCAACCACUGUGGUUCCACCACGCAGCCACUUCUCGAAAUGGUGGCCGAUCUCCUUCUUCAUCUCCGCUGUCGUCUUCUUCAUCAUCGGCGGGGGCCUCCUCGGCGCGUGGGCCGCGAGCUCCUACGACGACUGUCUUGACUACGACUACUACUACUCGUGCACCACCCUGUCCAACAAGGGCGAAUUCUAUGGCGGCAUCGCUUGCGUGGUCAUCGGCGCAAUCUGCAAGCUGGUCGCCUGGAUUCUGCUCAUCGUCUAUUGCGUGAAGCGCAGGAGCCAGCCAAUGAGCGUCGCAUACACCUAUCAGCCUCUCGACUACCAAGCUGCUGCGCCGGUCGCGCCCGCCGUUCCCAUGAACCCUUAUCCGACCGCUCCGACCCCUCGUCCAAAGGAAGAGGCAAUGGGAAUGCGAUACUGCGGCCACUGCGGUGCCGUUGUCACAACAGCGUUCUGCCCGCAGUGUGGUAGCAAGGUCUGAAGGGGCUUCGCGCUGUUGGAGAUCCGGUUGCGCAUGCUGAAAGGACGGUCUUGUUGAAGUAAAUAGGGUGUUCGGAUUUGGUCGCGUCCACCUGUUUUCGCUGGAUAAACAUGGGUCUGUCUGCUUUAAGGAAGUUCAGUUAGGUUGGUAGGUGCUGGGCCUUGGAGGGGUGGGGGUGUCCUACGGUAUCAUAUAGAGACGAAUUUCAAGUUCACUAGCUACUCUCUGCUGCUCUCCCGGUAGUCUCUCAAAGUCAAGGAAAAUUAAGAAUGUAAUUCUAGGUCUUCACUGGCUCUCACUCCAUCU